CGUUUUAUUUAAGCUCCAGCGUUCGAGUCGCCAGAGCAGCACCAGCGACCAUGGUGAAGGCACGCAAAAUUGUCCUCGCCCGAAGCUUCCAGGGAGAGCCUCGACCGGAGGAUUUCCGCGUCGAGGAGGAGGAGCUGCCACCCCUCAAGGAUGGACAAAUCCUGGCUGAGGCAGUCUACUUUAGCGUUGACCCCUUCCAGAGGGUUCUCGCAGGCGUGGAGAAAUACGGACAUAAAGUGGGAGACACUAUGAUCGCGGCCCAGGUAGCACGAAUCGUGGAGAGCCGGGCUGCAGGUUUCCCAGUGGGGCGACACAUCGUGGCCUACUGGGGGUGGCGCGACCGCACAGUGGCUGAUGUGGGGCCCGACGUUCCGCCCCCCGUCGUCCUGUCGCCGCCCAUGCUGGUGCCAGACCUGGGGGAUUUGCCGUUAUCCCUGUCCCUUGGGGUGCUGGGCAUGCCUGGGAUCAGCGGCUACUUCCCACUGCUGGAGGUCUGCCAGCCCAAGGCGGGAGAGGUGGUCGUGGUGAGCGGCGCUGCAGGCGCUGUGGGCAGCAUAGUGGGACAGAUAGCCCUCAUCAAGGGAUGCACUGUCAUCGGGUUCGCUGGAUCUGACGCUAAGGUGAAAUGGUUAAAAGAGGAGCUGGGCUUCCACCACGUGUUUAACUACAAGACGAUAGACGUGUCCACCGCCCUGAAGCAGGCUGCCCCAGAUGGUGUCGACGUGUACUUCGACAACGUGGCGGGCGACAUGAGCACCAAGGUCAUGAGUCACAUGCGCUACCGUGGUCGCAUCACCGUUAUCGGUGCCAUCUCUCAGUACAAUGAGUCUCAGUCCCAAAAGUUGGUCACCCUGCCGUUCACAUUUCUUGCCAAUCAACUUCGGAUUGAGGCCUGCUCCUAUACUCGAUGGCACGACCGCUGGGAUGAGGGAAUCACCCAACUGCAGCAGUGGGUAAAAGAGGGGAAACUCAAGUACAGGGAAACUGUGAGCCACGGCUUUGCCAAUACUCCCAAAGCCUUCAUCGGCAUGCUGAGAGGCGAGAACUUUGGGAAAGCUGUUGUCAAAUUGUAAACACUCUUCAUCUAUCAAAAGGGGAAAAAAUUGUUCGAUUUAAUUCAAUUGAUCUCAUCUUUAAUGUAUGUGUUAUAAAAAUUGUUAACAAGUAUAAAAGUCGUUAGCAAGAAGUUCGAAGCGUUCUUGACUGAUUUAUUUCAAAUUUUUGCGCUAUUCUCUAAUAAAUGUUUGGAGAGACAUAGGUUACAUGUUUUUGAUAUAUAUGUUGAAUAAAUAUAAUUUCCCAAUGUUCUGGUAACAUUCGGUCACACAUAGGCUGUAUAUUUUUUUAAAGAACAAUGCAUAUUUUUUCUUUUAAAUCUGACUCUGGGAAAGGAAAAGCUGUGCUGUGAAAAUGUGCUGUUACUUUCUUUUUCUCAGAGUCAGUUCUAAAUUAGACACCAGGGCACUUUAACCAUUAGACAAAUUGUCUCUUCCACAUAUAUUCUUGCUCCUUCUACAUAAAUUUAAACAAAAUUUGUGUACACAGUACUGUGCUGUUUUGUUUUCUUCGCCACUUUCAGUUUUAAGAGGAAACAGGAAUGUUGUUUUUAUAGCUUAUCGACUGUGUCAUCUGAAGGUUUGCAACCCUAUCUGGUUAUGGAUUAAAACUAUGCAAAACACUGUCAGUGAAGCUACCGUCCUCUCUGA